GCCAAUUACGUAUUGAGGGCUCGUAGGAUCUGUGAGAUCGUCGAAGCCCGAAAACAACAACAGUACUUUUUUAUUUAUAAGUAUACGUAUGGUGGUGAUAUUAUUCUUCCGGUGUUGCAGAUCCUGGAGGAUUGAAGAGAAGAUAGGAAAGAGGAGUGAGGAAGUGAUACAAGACGACAGUAGACGUGGAUCAUCAUUACCACUGACAGGGGCGGUGGGACCCACUGAUGGACACCACCAUGGAGGGCGCGAUUGGAAGCGCCCCUGGGAACCCCGCAGCCCUGAAGACAGUGGGUUGGAUCUGCUCUUCGCUCUGUACUCUUUCCUGCACGGCACCGUUCAGGAAGCUGUCUGCCGCUUAUUCAUUGCAACCUUCAGUGAUGCCCAGUAUGUGAAGGAAAAUAUUGGCAAGUGUGUGAAAUUAGACAUGACACUCUUUGAUUUUUUGUGUCAUAUUAAUAUGACAAUUAAGAAUAUGAGAGAAGACAAGAGCUCAAAGAAAAGUAAGCCCAAAAAUUCACCAUCAUCCUUCCAACCAUCUUGCUUAAACCACCAACAGAAGCAGCAGUCUCAUCAUCAUGCAUAUCAGCACAGAGGUCAGCAGUAUGCAGCUUACCCACACACAAGUCAGCCUCAAGCACCAGCUAAGUGCCAACAAGCAGCACCAUGCACAGCUAGCCAACAGAAUGAAUGGCCACUGGAAAUACAAAAUGUGCAUGAGAAAAAAAAGAUGCUCAUCAAGAUAACCGUGGGUGAUCUGCUGCACAAGAAAACCAUUGUAAAUAAGGACCUGCUGGAAUUGGACCUAAACUUUGUCCUGGGCAUUCUUUUAAAUCAACUUAUGGAUUUCAGAUUGGAAAAGAAAGUAAAAGAUGCUCUUAGCAAAAUGAAAAAAGUUAGGACGACAUUGUCCCAUUCUCAAUAUAACUUCAGUGAGAAUGACUUUGAGAAGAAUCUUGGUUACCUGGAGGAGGCAGUGGGUGAGGUCCAUAAGGUGCUGUUUCUGCCUGACCAUUUGCUGCAGGAUGGUGUUAACCGGUGCCGGGAUGAGGUCAAAUCUGGAAACAAAGCUCGCAAAAUCAUAUAUGAGCUGAUGUUGGACAUACACAAACAGUAUUCCCGUCCUGAUCCCAUCUUUGUGUCGCCAACUAUUUCUUUUUCACCAAUGCACCACAGGGAAGUGAUUGAAGAUGUGCAGAAAUUUAUUGAGACCCAGCAGGAUAAAAUGGACCCUAUACUGUUGUGUGGAAAGUAUAAAGAAGAAAAGACCCUUGUUUUUGAGAAGCUGGCAUUCGAGGCUAAGAAUUCUAAAAGAUACAGUCUGGUGCUGUACCUGAAGGACAGCCAUAGAAGGAGUUACUGCCGUCGAGUAACUUCAGCUGUGCAAGAAUUCCAGGAUCAACUUUAUUCGUGUCUCAGAAUCUUGGCCCCAAAUGUGUUUUAUAUGUACGGUGCAGAGGCUGUCAAGACAACAAUCAGAAUGUAUCAGAAAAAUAUCUUAUUCUUAAUUAACUGGAAUGUCAGUGUGUGGGGUCCUGUGCAGAGUGAAAUGCAGCAGGGAACCUGGGUCAUGGCGUGUCAUGCUAAGGAGCCGCCCAAGGGAGGCUGGCAGAUCCUGAGGCUGGAGCCUUACUCUGAUCUCCAGGUGAGAGAGGUGUUGCUGCGCUUUCAUAAUUCAGAGGAUUUACUGAGGUGUUACGAAUCUUUUAGCAGCCAGCAUAUUCUUUCCUCUUGGGACAUGAUCAAGAUAUUUUGUGAAGUAAAUCAAACUUUCAACUGUGGGACAGAUUUUGAGGUGGUGAACACGUAUGUGUCAGAGUCGGUGCGGUGUGCUGGAGGUGAGGCUUACCGGGUUAAACAAGACUUGCAGACACUUGGUGAGUUGGCUUUCAAUAGUCUCUGCAGCACAAAGUUUGCUCUUGCAGAAGGUAAACUUGUUGGCGUGCAAGAGUGUGUGUGUGAUGCAUUCUUGGAUUGGAUAGAAAAUGAGGGAUGGUACUUUAAACAUUCGGUUGUAAGGGAUUUUCUGGCAGCCAAAUAUGUGGUGGCUAAUCCUUCAGUCACCUGUGAAAAUCAGAUCAAGAAAGAUGAAAAUGUAACUCCCUUUAUGAGAGUGUUCAAGUUUGCUUGUUAUCUGUUGUCUGAGGGUGGCUCAAGAAUCAUAGAGCAGAAUUUGAGGAAAAUGGAGAGAUUCUUGAGAACACUCCUGUGUGUUCCAGACAAAAGGUUACAGUGCAGUGAGAAGGAAGCAAGGAGUGGUAACCAAAAGUCCAACCAAAAGAAAAAAAUGUCACCAGAGAAAUAUGAGAAUAAAUAUAAGAAUCCUUUUGACAACUGGGAUUUCUUACUGGAGCUGGAUUCAGCUUGUACAAAAAAAAUCCUGGAGUGUAUUGUUUCCAUCCUGGCAGACAUCCCAUGCUGGCACUUCAAUGACAUUGACUGUCUGGAUGCAACAAAGCUGACCAGGCUGGGGAGAGUUUUGAAUAAAAUGACAUUAAGCAAGAAGAAUCCAGUAAUCAUAAAGCUGAACAGUAAUGCCAAUGUAGCAUUGCUCACCAAACUCUGGAAAAUGUUUAGGGGCAUUGCCAGCCUAUAUGGUUGUGUGGAUGUUGUGGUGACUAUUGAAGGGGAUGAUGCUGAUCACUUUAACUAUAAGGAUAAGUUGGAAGAGUUCUUAGAGAGCAUAGCUAAUGCCCAGGUUGAACUGUACAUCUCUGAAUAUAAAGGACCAUUGUUCUCUUUGUGCAUUCCCAGUUUUUUCAAGUGUAUGUGCAUGCAUUAUCUCAAGAUUCUGGAAGUGAGCGUGUACGAUGUUAAGUCUCUGUGUGAGGUGAUGAUGGCCUGCAGAGCUCUGCCAUCAUUGCAAGAAGUUUUUAUAAGAGUCAAUCUUUUGUUGACUGAACAAACCAGUUUCAAACUUGCCCAAUCUGUCAUACCUAUUGAGUUUUCUGAAAGAAUUUCUGUGCAUGUCACAUUUAAAUAUUUUCCUCAAAUUCAGUAUUUGCUGGACAUUUUUGAGAGGCGUGACCGAUUCUGUUCCUUGAGCAUCCAUGAACUGUAUAUUUUUGCUGGGUUCAAACUGGACCUCUCAAAAUACAGCAAUUUGAAAAGUCUCAAUAUCAGAUGCGAACCAAAAUGUUCUGGAGAGACACCACUCAGUGCAGAGACGGACCGAAGGGUGGUGGAUGAGACGGAGCGACUGCUACGCCGCCACUGGAUGUUGCCAUUCCUGAAUGGCCUCACCUUGCCUGACAAGAUUGAGAGGUUGCUUCUGAGAAAUGUCGAAUUCAUUGAUGAUUCUCAUCAAAGCUUCAUUAUUUUGUUUCUUGAAAAGUAUAAUAUUAAUAGAUUGCUCAUCCUAGAUACUCAACUUUCUCUAACAGGAGUGGGGCAGCUCCUCUACUCCCAGACAAAAGUUGAGGAGGAUGUGAAACAUGACAGAGAAAGGAAAUUAAGGAGACAUGAGUCACACGAUAUAAGGAAAUUAGGUAUGAAAAGGACCAGAAUUUGCAAGGAGAAACGUGAAGCCAUGAAGUGGAAUAAGCCAGAUGGGAAAGAAAUUGUGAUAACAUCUGAAGGGGAUCUUUGUCGUAACUGCUCUUGCUUCCCUUGCAUGUGUCCUUCCAAAGUGGAUCGGGAUGAAGGUUGCAACUCCUUCGAAAAAAUGAUAGGAGUGAUCAAUGACAUGUACUGCUGCAAUAUUCAAACCUUCUCAUAUUCAUUUAAACAUUGCACCAUCAGGAAGGACUUGUGUGGAGACUUGCGAGUGCAGUGCAUAAUGAAAUGCCUCAAUGACUCUGACAUCUUGGAAAUAGAGUCAAGGUGGUGUGUUAAGCGUUUCUUCCUUCCCCUCCUGCUGGCACAAAGUGUCAGUCUGGAAGAGACUGCUCUGUCCCCGGUGGGAGUGGCAAAAGUGGCAGAACAUUUGAGAUACAUAAAAGGCACCAACCAAGUGGAUCCUUUCUCACUGAUUAUAGAAACCAGCUGGCACCCUCCACACAACUGCUCUCCCUUCACAGGCUUCAAGGAUUUCCUGAAGACAGCAGAGUAUCUGUCUGUUGUCCAUUUGCGGUGUAAUUGUGCAUCAAAAUGCUUCCAUGUAAAGAAAACUUAUCGAGGUAAUGUUGAGGAAGUAAUUCAAGCUCAUUGAGGAUGAAAAUUUUUCAUCUAGAUACAUACAAGUUCAGUAAGUGUUUAGCAUUGAGUUUUAGAUUAUGUCACAACUCAUUGUUCACAAUUGUGUUCAGAGGAGGACAGUGGAUAAUUCAAGCCUUGUAUACUGGUAAGGUAUUGUCAGUGAACACCUGAUUGUGCCAAAUAGUCCUGUGAAACUUAGUGAACGAGUAUCUUUCUUCUUUUAUAUGUAGAGGUGAGAGACACAGUUCCUUGCCCAUCACAUAGGCUUAUGAUCUUGUUUGUAAAUAUCCUCUUAUUUAUUUGUAUUUUAUAUAUUUUCUAUUCUUUAUAGUGUGCUGAGAAUAUUUUUAGAGAAAAGAUUGUUGUUAUCGGCACAUCAGAGGAUCACCCAGAGCUUUUACUGCACAAACUUUUUAUACAUAUAGAUGUUAUAACAUUAGUUAGAAUUUAUCAUCCAAGACUUGAUGGCAUGUGGAUAUGGCAUUAAGAAAAAACCUGAAUAAGGUACUGUACCUGCAAUGUGGAGUGAUGGCCAUUGCUGUCAUACUUAAGGUGUCAUAGUAAACCCUCCAUUUUUAUUUAUUUAUUUAUUUAUUUAUUUAUUUUAUUUAUUUUAUUUUUUUUCUUCUUGCUGUGCCUUAUGUUUCCUCCAGUUUUUACUCCCUUGAUCUCAGAAUCUGUCAGUUGUCAUGUUGAAUAAGGAGGCUGUCAAUAGAUCAGAGGGCUUAACACUGAAGGAAAACACCAAAAUUCAUAGC